AUGCAAGUAUUUCACGAGGAGGAAGAUCUACAACAUACCCCACCACCUCCGUACACUUUGAUUGACGACAACAACAUUCAUAAUAGUGAAAUCAAUAAUUUUAAUAAUCCUCAUCAUUUUGUACUUGAUGUCGAUAACAAUGGUCCUCAAGUUCGACAGGAUUCUUCUUAUCCAGUAACUGAAGGGUUAAGGGAUGCUGAUAGUGCUACUGUAUACUUGCCACCGCCAGUAUUGUAUAAUAAUAACAAUAAUGAUUUAAAUAGAUACGCUCAUCUUCAACCAUCCAAUCAUAAUAACGUUAAUUUUGUUCCUAGAAAUUUUGCUGAUGACAAUUAUAGAUCUAGUUCAAAAUGUCCAAGAAUUUAUCCGUAA